UCUUGAUAAUAAUAAAUAAUGAUUAACCCCCAAAUAUUAACCUGGAAAAGAAAAUUUGUUUUGUUAAUCUCCGUUUUAUCAUUCAAUAACAUUUUUGUCAAUAAUUAGGCAAAUCAAGCCAUGGAAGCCCAACCAAAACCUUUACGAAAUGAAUGGAGUAAGCUCAGCAUAGCUGAACUUCAAGAAAAUUUAAAUAGAAUUGAAAAGCUACUUAACAAAGGCAAUAUACAUACACAACUCUCUGAUGGUGGAGCUAGAGUUAAGCUAAAACGAGAAAGUCUCAAAAAAGAAAUACAAUUAAGAAGAGAUAUAGAUCAAUUAGAAGGUCAAAUGGGACAGUUAACUGUGGGGCAUUCAGAGCCUCAUGUUAAUAAACUGUGCUCCAUGGAAAAACCUCCAAGGGAAAGAUUUGUUUUAAACAAAGGAAGCAAAGCUUCAUCUCAUGCAAUGAUGAUUGACUUGGGAGCUUCACUUGCUUUGCAGAAAGCUCAGGGAGAAAGGGAAAAAUAUGCAAGGGAUCUAAAACUUUUUAAAGAAUAUGUUGCUCCAUUACACCAAGAAGAAGAAAUUACAGAUGAUGGUGACUCGGACAAUGAGUCUUCUGGUAAUGCCACACAUGAUUCUAGUGAUUCUGAUACUGAAGCAGAUGAUGCUCAAAGGGCGAAAAAUGAUGAUUCUGGACCUAGCUAAGGGUUAUUAAUUUGCAGGGAUAUUAUGAAACUGAAAUAAAGAGGUUGCGCAAGAAUUCUUCAUAAAUUAGGUGCAUCAAGAUUUCACUGAAUUGAAUGAAGUUGGAAGAGUCUAGAGCCUGCUGAUGGGGUAAAUGGAACAAAAGGAAUAAUGUUUCUUUUUUUUUAAUAUAUAUAUUAUUUUUUAUA